UAGUUUUAGUCUUAAGUUAAAUCUAUGCAAAAUACUUUGCAUAAUUAUAGGAGUUUUCUGAUUGGGAACAAACAACUACUAACUCAGCCUUAUAAAACUCCAUUCUUCCUUGAAAAAAAUAUACACUUGGAAAAUGCUAGAGGGAUUAGUAACAAACUUGCACACUAAAAUCACUCCCUAUGAUAUGUUUGUUUCAGAGGUGUGCGCGGGGAGCCGGGUGCUGGGAUCACAGGGGCAUGGAGGUGAAUACUUCAACACCAACACACUGGCUGAAGUUGAACGUCCCUCUCCCCUCGACUACGAGUCCCUGCUUGAACGGAUUCAUGGUGACUUUGGUGCACGAUCGGAUAUGGAGGACCAGCACGAGCCAGAAUAUGAGGGGUCAGAAACGCUGGUGGUGCCGCUCUACAUCCCCGAAGGUGCUGUACCCAUCAAUCUAGCACGUAUCGCCCGCUCUGGCAGCCCACAGGGUGUUGUUGAACUAGUAAAUAUGAAAGUAUCACCUUCUGCUGACUCUGUCCUCAUCCGGCGGAUAGGUCCUGUUGGUGGCCGACCUUCCCUUCCGAGGCGCAGUGGCUGGCGACCCCCACAGAGGACAAGGCUUACUAGAUUACCACUCAUCCGCAGAUCAGAUCAAAUGGAUGAAACCUCUGUGGCCAGGCCCCCACCACCGCCAUUUCUGUUGGCCGAGUUUGGGCAGCGGCUGCCGGCGGCCAACACUGCUCCUCUAGUGGCAGUUCGGCGAGUCUCUCUCUCCCAUGCACUGCCUGAUGAACUGGACGAUAUGAGCAGCACACGUGCUAAGAAGAAUGAAUUUAGCAAAGAUUCUCAGUUUCUAGAAGAGUUUCACACUACAAGUGUUCCAGAAAAUGAGGCACUGGACACAUCUUCAGAAGCAAACGUUUCGACACCAACCACCAAAACAGUCCCCACAACAACCCAAAGUGAUGAUAAAGGCCCAUUAGCCAGCAAGUUAAUGAAAUCUCCACUAUCAUCCACAACAACUACUACAGCAGCUUCCAUUGCUACAACUCAUACCACAACAGUAACUUCUAAAAUGGAAUCAGCCACAACAGUUACCAUUGUAGGGCCAUCACCCACUUCAACAACAUCUCCCAGUACUACAACACCUACCACAACAGCACCCACUAGUGCAACACCUACCACAACACCACCCACUACUGCAACACCUACCACAGCACCCACUACUGCAACACCUACAACAACAGCACCCACUCUUGCAACACCUACCACAACAGCACCCACUACUGCAACACCUACCACAACAGCACCCACUACUGCAACACCUACCACAACAGCACCCACUACUGCAACAUCUACCACAACAGCACCCACUACUGCAACAGUACCCACUACUGCAACAGCACCUACUACUACAACACUUACCACAACAGCACCCACUACUACAACACAUACCAUAAUGGAAACUAUGACAACAAACAAUCCUACUACUCGUGAGGAGGAAGAUAUACCCUCGACCAUGACCAACACACCUCCCACGACCAAAUGGGACCGUCGCUCUGUUCUUUUCCCACGACCUGUGGAAUCCAUUCUUAAAUUGACCAAAAUUAAAACCCUAGUCACAACACCAACAACUACUACGACACCUGCCUCUACAACCACUGCAGUAGUAGCCAGAAGUCCUGUUCCAUUAAGGAGUCUUCCUUUGUGGGUUAGCAGGUCAAAGUUAUCACCUAUUACAAGUACUCCAACUUCUGCACAUUCCCCAGUAAUAGAAAAGGUUACACUAUUUACUAGAUUACCCAGUACAACCAAAAGACCCUUUAUACCAACCACAGAAGUAAUAGAACUCUUAUCAUCUACAAAGGCAGCGAUCAUAAAGGAAGCUUCACACACUAUACCAGUGACAAGGCGGCCGCUUCGAGUUUCAGUGAGACCAGUUCUUCUCACAAUUAACCAAACUAUAACAUCAACAAAUACUACAGACACAACAAAGUCACCACAUGUUUCCCAAAGACCAGUGGUUGUUGUUGACCCUGAGAGGCCUCUGCCAGUGAGGAUGAUGCAAAGUGUCAGUGAAAUCCUCAGGGAUAUUGCAGUUCCUAAGCAGAUUGAUGAUACAGUAUUUACUGAAAAAAAGGAAGAUUCGGUAUUGACUGAAAAAAAGGAAGAAUCAUCUGCAGAAAAUCCCUCAUUGAGUUUUUUUACAACAAAGUCUCCAAGGACUGAAGAAAGAGACAAUAAAUUGACAUCAGAAUCCAGUAUUGUGUUGAAAGUGAACAGUGACUUUCAAAAUGCAACAGAGAAAGGACAAACAAAUCAGUCACCUACUAGGCUUAUGGAAGUUGAUAAAGACCAGGACAGCGAAGAGACAACUACAAAAGAGAUUGAGCACAAACCUACUAUUACAGGUUUACGAAAACACACGAGAAUUCCUCGGCCAACCACUAGGUCUGGACACAGAAGACGAAGACCAUUGCGGCAAAGAGUAACAAUUCCUCCACCCAUAACCCAUGCUAAAGAUUUCUUUAUAGCACCCGAGGAAACUCUCGUCUUCAUCUCAGCAACAGAAGAGCAAAAGAUUACGAUAACAACAACUUCGACGACUUUCCCACCAAUCAUUGUCUCAACAACAUUACCACCACCAAUUCUGACAACAGAAAAGUCUCCAGAACAAAUAGUGAUUGAAAGCCUGACAGAGAUAAUGAAGGAUGCCACAAAUAACAACAAGAGCAAAGAUAAAGUCUCAAGCAUUGCUACCAACCUAGAAGCACUCAACAAACAGCUGGCUGAGAGAGGUAUCCACAUCAUUCAUGCAGAGGUUGAUGGAGUAAAGAUUAAGCUUGAUAAUCGGACAAUAACUCGCCCCAUACUGCAGCCACUUGCCACCACAUUCCGUCCAUCAACAUUCUAUAAUAUGUCAUCUGUUACAGACUUCACUGAGAGGACCUCAUCUAGUACUGUAUCAACUGAGAGAGAGAAAGAAAUACACGUGACUGCUGAUUCAGUGACUGACGAAAAACCUGAAAAACAGAUACACACAUCAGUUAAGUCUUCUUUUUCAUUUCACACAACAAAGGCAACAGAGAUUGAGGAGACAGACAAUGACAAUGAGGUGCAAAGCACCACCAACGACUCCAGCUUCACUACCACUAAGCCUGUGGACACCAGAAAGUUCUCUGACAAGCCAGGGUGGAGUGAGGCUCAAAAACCAGCACUUUCUUCUUCACUUCUUCCUUAUGCAGAGGAAACAGAAGAUCCAGCUAGAAAUAAGACACAAAUAGAUGGCUUCUCCAAAACUCCAGCUGUUGAUGAAUCUUCUGUUCAAACAAGUAGUCCACGAGGAGACCGUGAUAAAGAGCUUAGUGAUGGAGUAACAUUGAAGUCAAUCUUUGCCACCUCAACCGUUCCCUCAAGUGUCACCACACGCACCAGAUCCACCACUGUCCCCAUCACCACCCACAGACCUGCCACCACACCCUUCCUCUUCAGUCCUAGAGGCAGAACAAGACCUGAGCACAUCAACAGGGAGGAGAGUGUAGCUCAUGUCACAUCCGAGAUUGAGAAUGAGGAUCUGUCAGUGGAAGCCACUAAUACAAAUUCUACAAACAAAAGCAGUUCUCUAGCACCCCAAGAGCCUCAUAUUUUUACUAGUAUUCACCCAACUUCACAUCAGCGCCCAGCGUUUUUGCCACCACAUAAGAAAGAAACAGUCAGAAUUUUUGGCAGUGGCGCUAGUAUCUCUGGAGUCAGCCAAGACACAGCUUCCACUAAGAGCACACAUGUAGACUCUGCCUCCAUCGUGAAAACCACUAUCACCACCAGGACUACUACUUUACGCCCCAUCAUUGAAGUCAUAGCCUUUGCUCCCGGGUCAGCUGUGGCUUCAGAAAAUACAGAGGGUGAGGGUUUCUCAGAAUCUUCUUCGCCCUCUUCUUAUACUGCAGUUUACAUCAUUGGGGUAAUUGGCAUAAUCCCGGCUGCUGCUCUCACAGCCUUCCUGGCCAAGAAGUUUUUGAAGAAAACACAAAAGGCUUUACCAGAAAGUGAGGAGAGAGGAGAAGGCUUCACACCUAUUACUCAUCCCUCCAGGAAGACCUCCAACUCCAACACAUUUGAGGCUGAUGGGUCAUCGGUGGAGGCAAAGAAUCCUCAUCCAAAGUACACACCAUGGGAGUUCCCCAGAUCAAAGCUUCGUCUCGUCUCCAUCCUCGGCGAGGGAAAUUUUGGAGUGGUGUGGAAGGCAGAAGCCCGAGAGCUAUGUGCUUGUGAGGGUGUACCUGGAGGCCCUACAGUGCUGGUGGCUGUGAAAGGUGUCAAGGAGGGUGCCGGUACUAAGGAACGACAGGACCUGCUCAAAGAGCUGGCCAUCAUGCAGCACAUCGGACAGCAUCCUAAUGUUGUCACUCUCUUGGGCUGUUGCACUCAGCAGGAGCCUCACUAUGUGAUCAUGGAGUAUGUGAUGUUUGGCAAGUUGUUGACCUUCCUGCGUGACCACCGCACCAGACACAACUACUUCAAUUUUUCCUCGGACACUGAGGCGCUCACUUCAAGAGAUCUCACACGUUUUGCUUGCCAGGUGGCCACUGGCUGCGAGUAUUUACAGUCUCGAGGGAUCAUUCACCGUGACCUAGCCUCCCGCAACAUCCUGGUAGACCACACAAAGGUGUGCAAGAUUGCCGACUUUGGUCUGGCACGCAACGUCAAGGAUCUGGGCACUGACAUUUAUGAGCAGAAGAGUCGGGGAGCCCUGCCUAUCAGAUGGAUGGCACCCGAGUCUCUCUACAUGAGUAUUUUUACCCACAAGUCUGAUGUUUGGAGUUUUGGUAUUCUUUGCUGGGAGAUUGUCACCUUGGGUUCAACUCCAUAUCCUGGAAUGACAGCACGGGAAGUGAUGCGCAGUGUUCGUGAAGGUUACCGCUUAGACCGCCCUGAUCAUUGCCACCCAGAGCUCUAUCGCAUUGUCACCAAAUGCUGGCACCAGGAUUUGAACAAACGACCUUCUUUUUCAGAGGUUAAGGUGGAUUUAGCACAGCUCCUAGACCAUGGCCAGACGGGCUACAUUGACCUUGAGAACUUUCCUGAGGGCAGUUACUACUCCAUGCAUGAAAAUAACGAUGAGAGGCUCUAAUGAAUUACAGAACACUAGAGCCAAUAUUCCCUACCUGAAUGGCUUACUUGUAUCAUUAAUAUCAAUAUGGUGUUAAUUAUUUAUAUGUAAGCUUUGACAUUUAUAAUGUCUUGUGAUGGCAGAUGGCAAGCUCUCAUUUGUGCUGUCAUGCCCUUGGUUGUCAUAGUCUGUAUCUAAAGGAGUAGAAUAAUUGUAUAAUUGCGACAAGCUGGCCUUGCUCGUUUUUCCUUCGUCUUAAACUUUUUAUUCAAUUUUUUCUUGCUCUUAAUGCUGAUGUAUAAUAAAUGCAGUAAGAUAUAAAUAUUAUAUAGUACCAGAACUGAAACGAUGUUUACAUAUAAGUUCGUUAACUCUCUGACCUAAUACAUAACACAUUUUAACUUAUAAACUUGAACAUAUUAAUGAAUAUGUUCUCAUUUAAUACAAUGUUUACUUCAGUAGCUGGUGCACAUUUUAUCUUGCUACAUUUGGAAGAAUGUAGAAUGUUCCAUUCCUCUCCUCAAACCUGAGUUUUGUUGCAUUAAGACAUUCGCCUAAAUUACAAAUUCAUAAUUCAGUGAAGCUUUACCAAAGAUGGCAAAUGCAGCAUUAUCUUGUACUUGGGUAUAAUGCUAAAACUUAAAGUACUCUAAUCAAUGUCAUUAAAAUCUCUGAAUAUACUUGGGAUAUUUCAGCAUAUUUCAUAUGGUAGCUUCAUUCAACUUUAUGGCAGGUCAACCUGUUAGCAAGUUAUUAAUUUGACCUUUGACUGGCUCUUCAUUAGAAAUAUCUGAUAUCUGCAUUUUUGCAAGUCAAAAUAUGCAAAAUAAACUUGCUGAAAUAUUCACAUUGUGUAUUUGCUAUUUGCAUUGAGUUAUAGUUAUGCUCUCAAUUUCUUAUUCAAAGGGGACUUUGAAAUUAAUAAUAGCAAUGGAUUUUUUUUUUUUUUUUGCACAGAGCUUGUUUUGCAUCAUGUGUAAUGACUACUUGAAUUGCUUAUAUGAAGAUCUGCAUUAAAUACGUAAUUUAGGGAAGUUACUGUACAUGUGUUCAAAUAUUUUGCCAGAUCCCUUGCUCUGAGUUCUAUGCGACUUUUUCUUUCUAUUCUGAUUUUGUGCUCAAAUCUGCAGCUUCUUAUGCAAGUUGCAGUAUAUUUUUGCUUAGAAAAUAAUGGCUGAUAUUUAUACAAGAUGAGUAUGUAUGGAGCUGAACAUUC